GUGUGUGUGUGAGAGAGAAUGUGUGUUUAUUGGGAAUAUGAAUGUCAUCAUCAGGAGAUCAGAUACACUUGUGUCAUGAAGAGAGCACGCCUCCAUCACAACAGUAAGAAAAAGAGAGAGUGAGCAAGCAGAGAGAGAGAGAGAGAGAGAGAGAGAGAGAGAGAGAGAGAGAGAGAGAGAGAGAGAAUGGGAGGGAGAGAGGAGAGAAGAGGAGUUAAAGGGAUCUGGAAAGAUUUCAGAAACAGUGAGUGUGAUGGAUCCUCAGUAAGCUGCAGUUCCGGUUAAAGAGAGGAAGAGAGAGGAAGAGAGAGAGAGAGAGAGAGAGAGAGAGAAAAUGAUAGAUAGAGGGUGGGAGUCCACGUGAACAGGACCUUUGUGCAAGUGUGUCUGUGUGUGUGUAUAUGUAGCUUGUGUGUCACUGCGAGAGGUGUGCUGUGCUGUCAGUGCUGCGACGCUACACUCUCUCUCUCUCUCACACACACAUUCACACUCUCAUUCGCUCACACACACUACACACACACACACACACACACACACACUAUUUGCCUGAUGCUCUAUGGAGCCGGUGGACUCCAGGAUGGAUGGUGCGCUCUGAGUCUGAGGACGCAAACACGCUCAUGCUUGACUCGCUCCCUGCUGAUUCCAUUACACCAUAGGACAGUACACGCAUUCUCUCUCUCUCAAACACACACACACAGGUUUUUGCAAGCAAUGGACUCACUCUCCAGCGACGUGGACGGACUGGAGAACAACUCCAUGAAGUACAGCAGGAAUGAGCAGACGGAGAAAAUGUGGCUCCGGCUCAGAGGAAUGCAGAAGUACAAAACGACCUCUCAGCGGCUGAGAUGUCUAGUGAAGCAGCUGGAUAAGGGCGAGGUGAAUGUUGUGGAUCUCAGGAAGAACAUUGAAUAUGCCGCCUCAGUGCUGGAAGCGGUCUACAUUGAUGAAACGAGACGCCUGCUGGAUACUGAGGAUGAGCUCAGCGAUAUCCAGGCGGACUCUGUGCCUAUGGAGGUGCGAGACUGGCUGGCGUCUACUUUCACCCGAAAGAUGGGCGUUGUGCGACGGAGGCCUGAGGAGAAGCCGCGGUUUCGCAGCAUCGUUCAUGCUGUACAGGCUGGAAUCUUUGUUGAGAGGAUGUACAGGAGGACGUCAAACAUGGCCGGGCUGACAUAUCCACCAGCUGUGAUCCUUGCUCUAAAGGACGUUGAUAAAUGGUCAUUUGAUGUCUUCACGCUUCACGAGGCAAGCAGCGAACACGCGCUGAAGUUCCUGGUUUAUGAGCUGCUUACCAGAUACGACCUGAUCAACCGCUUCAGGAUACCUGUGUCUUCUCUGGUGGCAUUUGUGGAGGCUUUAGAGGUUGGCUACAGCAAGCACAAAAAUCCUUACCACAACCUGACCCACGCUGCUGAUGUUACCCAAACCGCACACUAUCUGAUGCUCCACACUGGUAUUAUGCACUGGCUCACCGAACUGGAAAUAUUAGCCAUGGUGUUUGCUGCUGCUAUUCACGACUUUGAACACACUGGGACAACCAACAACUUCCACAUUCAGACCAGGUCAGAAGUGGCCAUCCUCUAUAACGACCGCUCGGUCCUAGAGAACCAUCAUGUGAGUGCUGCAUACAGACUCAUGCAGGAGGAUGAGAUGAAUAUCCUUAUCAACCUGUCGAAAGAUGAUUGGAGAGAGUUGCGCACACUGGUGGUCGAGAUGGUCAUGAGUACAGAUAUGUCCUGCCAUUUUCAGCAGAUUAAAACAAUGAGGAACUCACUGCAACAGCCAGAGGGGAUAGACAAGCCCAAAGCUCUGUCCCUAAUGCUGCAUGCAGCGGACAUUAGCCACCCGGCCAAAGGCUGGAACCUGCACUACCGCUGGACUCAGGCUCUGAUGGAGGAGUUCUUCAGACAAGGUGAUAAAGAGGCAGAGUUGGGCCUGCCAUUCUCUCCACUGUGUGAUCGUAAAGCCACCAUGAUUGCCCAGUCCCAGAUAGGCUUCAUUGAUUUCAUCGUGGAGCCCACGUUCUCUGUGCUUGUGGACACCACAGAGAAGAUCAUCACUCCUCUCAUAGAGGAAGCUUUAAAGUCAGGCGGCAUGCGCAGGGCGAGUUUAACAGGACGAGGUUCAGCUGCUGUGGUCGAGUCGGUCCAGAGACACAGCGAGCGUGACUCUGUGGCCACUGAUUACUCGCUCGCCGGCAUCGAGCUCAAACGCGUCCGACACACACUCUCUGAGAUCAUCCAGAGCAACAAGGACCGCUGGAAGGAGCUGUCUGUUCAAGAACUGGCCAGUAAGGAGCUGGAGCAACGGUCCGAGCGUGAAGCUCUGUCACAUAAAUCCGACGUCACUCUGAUUUGCAGCAGUCGUGAUUCUGAGUCAAAGUCCCUCAAUGAAGUGAACAACACUGACUCACUUCAUUCGUCCCAGGACUCUUUAGAGCAAAGUGGGGCAUCACACAGCGCCGACCCGACCGAUGCCAGUCCAGACGCCAGUCCAGACGCCAGCCCCGAUGCCGAUCAGCCGUUACCGUGGAAUGGCAAAACCGCUUGAAAUGGGGUGAAAAAAACAUCCCAGACAUCACAAGCUCUUACACUGUGUGUGUACUGUGGUCUAAACCUCAUAACCCUGUAUGGGUGCUGUACAUAGCACUGUGGCCAUCUUAUCAUAAUGCUACUGUUUUCUCCGCUCCUCGGGAAGAGGAGGGGGUCAAGCUGACUGAUGCUUCCAUGACACCGAGCAUUGCCAUGGGAUGCUGCGUUGUCAUGGCAGCUUUGUUUCUUUCGCAAGGAGACAGAGCUCAGAUGAAAGCUCUGGGUGUCCAAAAAAUAUAAUAAUAAUGCAACACUGCCUCUUCACCUGCGUUUUCUUUUCUUUUUUUUCUUUUUUUUUGUAAAUUGGCUUUUGUUUCGUUUUCUAGUCAUUUGUAUUAGUAAUUUAUUAAAGAUUGUUCUGCUUCCCUUUAA